AUGUUUUGAAAUGUCCACCUGGAUCACUGCUACCAAUAGCUGAAGCAGCUGAAGUAAUUACUGUCAGUUGUUAAUGUCACAAAACAUUACAAAUUUGUCUGAUAUUUGUGGAAUAUUCAAAAUACUUUAUUGAAAAAAAAGCUUUGUUGUGUAAGAUCAUGAAAGCACAUUAUUGCUCAAAUUAAAAUAAUGUUAAUGUUACAUUGUAAUAUAAUGUAUAAGCACAAUGUAACAGUGUGCUCAUUUUAUAUUUGAAUUGUAAAGAAAACCAAUUUCAUGUAUUUCUUAUUAUAAUAGAGAGUUUAGAUUAAAUAAAUCAGCAAAAUGACAUCGAUGUUUGACCAGUAUGAGCAGGCAUCUCAAAGAUCCAAACAAGUUUAUGUACCACUGGUACGUCCUGAUAUUAGUACAGCAGGAUUCAUCCAAAUGAAAUUACAAGAUGAUGGGCCAAUUUUUAUAAAGCAAAAAGUUAAUUUUUUACCACCUGACAAAAUUUUACAUCUUGUUGUUAAUAAUAAUAUCAUUGUUAUUGCUAUGGCUAAUAAUAUUCUCCUUCGAAUUGAUAUGAAACACCCAGAUACACCGGAAGAAAUUGAUAUAUCUAAGUAUGCAGUGAAUAUGAAAAUGUCAGGGAUGUUUCUUGAUCCUUUGGGUAAUCAUUUAUUGAUAGCAUUAGUUUCAAAAUCCCAAGAUAAUCCUGCACCUGAAUUAUUUUAUUUGCACAGAAAAACAACAAAACUAAAGCAGGCAAGCAAAUUCAAAGGUCACGAAAUUACUGCUGUUGGAUGGAAUUUUUUAAAUUCUUCAGAGACCACCACAGGUCCAAUUCUUUUAGGAACUUUGAAAGGUCUCAUUUUUGAAACAGAAAUUGGUUUAGACGGUGAUAAAAUAUUUAACACAAGUUUGGAACAAUACUGGAGACAGGUAUUUGAUAUAGGUAAAGAUAGUAAGCCACCAAUUACCGGUUUGGAGUUUCAUAAAAUACCAAAUACCGAUAAGUACGUGAUUAUUGUUACUACCCUCAUGCGCAUUUAUCAGUAUAUCGGAUCGGUACCAAACCCAGAAGAAAAGCCUUUGUUGCAACAAGUAUUUAAUAAAUAUUUAAACGUUGAAGAAAGUUUUAACGAAGUAAUGAGUUCCUUGUCUUAUUCUAAAAUGCAAUUUUAUUAUCCUGCACUUGGUGCUUUACCAAAAUCAUUUGGUUGGUUAACCGAAACUGGUAUAUUAUAUGCUCAGGUUGAUGCAAAAGUAGAUCCCAAAAACGUGUUGAUCAAUCAACAAAUGUUGUCUUGUCCUGAAACAAGUCUCAUGGGAACCAAUAUAUCACAAACAACGACAGUACCGUUAUCAUUUGUUUUAACAGAAUUCCAUGGAUUGUUACUAUACGCAGAUCGUGUAAAAGGAAUAUCUCUUUUGAAUCAGGAACUGAUAUUCGAAGAUAUCUACAACGACGCCGUUGGAAAAUUACUUAACAUUACUAAAGAUUACGUAACUCGUUCUGUUUGGACUUACAGUGAAAGAGCAGUAUUCAAAUACAAAGUUAAUAAAGAAGAUAGAAACGUUUGGCAGGUUUAUGUUGAUAAAGGUGAAUUCGAGCUUGCAAAACAAUAUUGUAAAAAUAAUCCAGCUCAUAUAGAUCAGGUACUUGUAAAACAAGCAGAAAUGCUGUUUAAAAAUAAAGAGUACGAAAAAAGUGCUCUUAUCUAUGCUGAUACUCAUUCAUCUUUUGAAGAAAUUUCUUUAAAGUUUCUUCAAGAAUGGCAAAUAGAGGCUUUAAAAACAUUCCUUGAAAAGAAACUUGAAGGACUGAAAACACAAGACAAAACGCAAAUAACUAUGAUUGUUGUAUGGGUAACCGAAUUAUUUAUGAAUCAAAUGGGUGUAUUACGAAGUAGUAAUACAUCAUACUUACACGAUACUCAGUACUUAGAAUUGCAGAAACAAUUUGAUAGUUUUCUUGCAAUACCAAAAGUUGAGGAAUGUAUAAAACGAAACCGCAGUACUAUAUACGAUUUGCUGGCGAGCCAUGGUGAUAAAGAUCAUCUUAUUCGUUUAACUAUAAUGCACUGUAACUAUGAAGAAGUGAUACGCCAGCAUUUGUAUAAAAAUAAUUAUUUAGAAGCCCUUGAAGUCUUAAAGAGUCAAAAUAAUAAGGAUCUAUUUUAUCAGUUUUCGGGUAUUCUUUUACAAGAGUUGCCACGUCCUGCGGUGACGGCUUUAAUAUCACAAGGUUCUUUAUUAAAACCAUCCAAGCUUCUUCCAGCUUUAGUAUCUUGUAAUAGCGAUGAAAAGCAUGCAAAAGAAGUAAUCAGAUAUUUAGAAUUUUGUGUGUAUAAACAAAGUUGUCAAGAACAAGCAAUUCAUAAUUUUCUAUUAUCGUUAUAUGCUCGUUAUAAACAAGAUGAAGUAAUGCGUUAUAUCAGUUCUCAAGGACAGGAUAUAAAUAUGGUACAUUAUGAUGUGCAUUAUGCGUUACGAUUAUGUCAAGAAGUUGGUUUAACCGAAGCUUGUGUUCAAUUGUCUGCUUUGCUUGGACUUUGGACAACCGCAGUCGAUUUAGCUUUGACAAUUAGCGUUGAUCUUGCAAAACAAAUAGCUUCUAUGCCUCCCGAUCAUGAUCACGAAUUAAGGAAAAAAUUAUGGUUAAAAAUUGCUGAACACGUGGUUCGAGAAAAGGACGAUAUAAAACAAGCGAUGGAAUUCUUACAAAAUUGUGAUAUAGUUAGAAUAGAAGAUAUAUUACCAUUUUUUUCAGACUUUGUCACUAUUGAUCACUUUGAAGAUGCUAUUUGCAAUUCAUUACAGGAAUAUAAUCAGCAUAUUCAAGAUCUCAAGGAAGAAAUGCAGGAAGCAACAAAAGCAGCUGAACUUAUUAGAAAAGAUAUACAGGAGUUUAGAACAAGGUGCACAUAUGUACAUGCAAAAGACACGUGCAAUAGUUGUGAUGUUCAGUUAUUGUUGCGACCGUUUUAUGUAUUUCCCUGUGGACAUAGAUUUCAUAGCGAUUGUCUCGUAGCUGCAUUAACACCUAUGCUAUCAAUGACUCAGAGGACAAAGCUAGCUGAUCUCCAAAGACAACUUACCGCUCUUUCAAACAGACCCGAAGAUACAACAUCUGUUGGAUCUGUAUCUUUAUCUACAAAAGAUCAAAUUAAGGCUGACAUUGAUGAAUUAGUAGCAUCCGAAUGUUUAUAUUGUGGAGAACUUAUGAUAGAGUCUAUAGACAAACCGUUUAUCGAGGAAGAAGAUUACGAAAGAGUAAUGAAGGAAUGGGCAUGAUUAAUACAAAGCAUUGCCCGUUUGUAAAACAAACAGAGUAAAACAUGUAAAACAUACAUGUUACAUUUAUUUAUCACGAUUAUUAUUUGUAAUAAACAGAGUAUAUAUUA